AUGAACGCACCUGACAGCCCAAAAAGGCGAUAACCAGUUAAAAAGAAAAGAAAAUUCUUCCAGGAGUUCACGCUGACGUCUCCGAGCUCGCUUGCGUUGCCGCGAAACACCUCGUCCAGCUUCAGGAAUAUAAACCUGAUUCCCUUUCGGCAUCGUGCUGAUAGCACUUGGAUAAAGGAGUUAACCUAUGCCUUAGGACCGAGUAACCCAUGA